AGGAGUUGCUUGCCAAAGAGCCUAGACUCGUAUCACUUCCUUCUUGUUUAACAAUCGCCAUAGAUUGAUCGUUAGGCAGCAGAAUUCCAGCCCCUGAAUGUCCGGAUCCUUUACCCUGCCACGACGCUUUCAAAUUGCGACCAAUCCUAGAAUCGGUUCGGGGGUUUCUCUUGUCGGAUGUGAAGGAUCAAUCGUAAAUUAUGCUAUAGCGAACCUUUUGUGUCAAAUUUCUUCAGCUACCAGCGCAACGCUCAGAGCCAAUGCCCAAAGUCGCGAGAGGGAGAAGAAAGCGAGCGUACCAACCAAAGACCAGGACGGGGUGUCUCACAUGCAAAAUACGACGAGUAAAAUGCGACGAGACGCGACCAGAUUGCACUAGAUGCACGUCGACACUUCGUGUUUGCGGCGGGUACGCUCAUGUUGAAUCGCCUCAGUCAUCGCAGUCAUCUCCGAACUCGCUGGCUAUUAUGACAAGCCCAUCUUUUGACACUCAAGCCCCAACAAAGUCAAAAAGAUCAUUUGCGUUCUUCGUGCAACGGACUUGUCCACAACUAGCUGGCUUUUUUGGUUCUGAGUUCUGGGAACGCCUUGUUCUCCAAGCAGCUUACCACGAACCGGCGAUAUGCCAUGCUGUUGUCGCCAUAGGCUCGCUCCAUGAAUUUUAUGAGUAUAAGAGAGUAGCCACAGACAUGACUGAAGCAUUUGCAUUGGAGCAGUAUAACCACGCGAUCAGGGAUCUGCUCAUCCCACUUAGUAACGAUGGAAAGCAAGCGGUCGAUGUCUGUCUUAUUUCGUGUAUUCUCUUUACUUGCUUCGAGAAUAUGCAAGGUCACCAUGACUCAGCAGGACGUCACAUUCGAAGCGGCGUCAAGCUACUACUCGAAGCUGUUGACAACCAGCGAAACGGCACUUAUCAGUAUCAGAAACUUGGCAACAAAAGUGUGGCUGAUUCUUACGUCCCGCUAGAGGUUCUCACCAGAGUCUUCGCUAACUUGGGAGACCAACAAGCCAGACAGGUAAGUAUUUAG